AUGAGUUUCGCACCUUAAGGACUAGGACAGUAGACAGGAUUAUCUUAAGCAUAUCAAUCUGGGGACAGAGCGAGAAUAGAUUAGAUGAAUAUCGCACUUUUAGGGUUAGGCGGCGCUAAUAAUAUUUAAAGCACUAAUUAAAAUAAUAACUUAAAUUUAUAUGUCAGCCCUUCUCAAAAUCUAUUGCAAUCUACCAGUUCAGUUGGAUAUUCUGGUAAUGUCGAUUAAUAUUAGAAUUAAUACAUCACUUAAUUAAAUAAUUAAAAUUCACACCAUAGUGGCGCUGUUGCUAGCAGUGCCAUUUCUUAUUCAUCAAAAAAUUAUAAUUAUGGUGAUUAUGGCAAUAUUGCUGCAUAAAAUCCUUCAUAAAAUGCUAUUCCCUCCAAUAAUUACUCCAAUUAAGGCUAUUAAAGAUCUUAUGAAAAUAUGACACCUCUUAGUCAAGCAUCUAAUUAAGCUAAUUUUAACUAAGCGAUUAGUACUGCUCCUGCAUAACAAACAGCAUCAACAUAUGGAGGUCACAAUAUAGGAGUUCAACAAAUUAACUUAACAAAUAAUACUGCUUCGAUAAAUCUUGCAGGACAAUUUGAUAGAGAAUAAAAAGAGAAAAAAGAGAGAGAUCAAUUGAUCCAAUAAAUCAGAGACUCUUAGUAGAUUAAAUAAAAGGAAUAAUAAGAGGAACAUGAUGCUGCUAGAGGAUAGAUUCUCCUUAUGGAGGAAAUGAAACGCUAGAUGCAGGAGUAAGAAAAAGAAAAAUAAAGGUAACUAAAAUAAUAGUAAGAAUAAGAGGCGAUCACUUAAGCUUAACUUAAGCAAUAUGAAGACCUCAAACGCUAAACCCAAAGAGAAAAGGAAGCUAAAUUGAAAUAACAAAAAGAAUAAGAAUUGCAACAAAAGAAGUUAUAACAGUAGUAGCAAUAGCAGCUUUAGGAAGAGCAGGAGGAGAAGAGGAAGAGAAGUAAAAUGUAAUAAUAGCAGGAAUAGCUUUAGCAAUAGUAAAUUGAUUUAGAAGAACAAAAGAGAUAAUAGAGAGAACAAGAAGAAAUUUUGUAAAGAUAAUACGAAUAGCAAAAACAAUAAGAAGAAUACUAUUAGCAACAGUUGGAAAUCUAAUAAAAUAAGAUCAUGGAGUAAAAUCAUCUAUUAGAAUAAAUGAAGUAAGCACUUUCCCAAAAUUAACAAAAUACUAAAUAAUCCACAUCUCGUGAACCUCCUUCUUCUGUCAAGAGAGCACACAAUCACAAAACAUCUUCAGGACAUAAAGAUAAAUCAAAUGUUAAUACAGUCAAUUAAUUGGAUGCUAAUCUCGAAAGAAGAUUGGAAAUUAUUGAAACAAGCUUGAAUAGAGUGUGCAACUAGCAUGAUGCUCUUAUGCCCUUGUUACAAUUAUUAGAGACAGUUCCUUCAUUGCAGAGAUCAGAACAAUAAGUUAAGAAUCUUAGUAAGAAAUACUCAGAUGUGGAAAAGAGGCUCAAGGAAAUUGAAACUAGUGAAAAGAAAGACUCAUAAUACUAGCAUAUUUUCAGUAAUAUUGAUAGAAAUUUCAAAAAUACUGCAAAUUAGAUUUCUCAAUUGAAGAAAGAAAUUUCAACCCUUGAAAAUAAUAUCUAGUAAAUAUAGUCUAUACCUGAAGCAAAGUUGAAAGAAGAUACACUUCACUUGUACAGACAAGUUGAUGCAAAACUCGAUAGAAAUAUGAGAGAUGUUAAGAGUCUUUUGGCAGACUUCAAGAACUAGGUUCAAUUAAAUAUGAAAAGAGGAGAAAUAGUCCAUUCUCAUAGCCAAGAGCGCACAAUAAAACCUCGAUAAUAACAACAAGACGAUGGAGGGGAAGGAGGAGAAGAAAUUGGAUAGUCUCCUGUCAGAAUUUACAACGAUUUGAAUAACAGAAUAGAUUCUUAGAUGAAUGCAAUCAAUGGACAGCUUGCUUCUCAUCAAAGAUAUCUUUCAACUCAAAGUACCUCUUCAAAAUAACAAAUUGAUAUUGAUAUCGCUAAUAUUUACAGAGAAAUUGGCAUGUUAAGAAGUGAAAUGGAAUUAUUGAUUAACAAAGCUCGUAAUGAAUUUAUUCAUGAAUAGCUAUCCAAUAUUAGAAAUCCUACUGAAAUUGAAAAGUAAUUAUUUAUUGCUGGACUUGAACAAAACUUGUUCUUGCAAGAAAUAGAAUCAUUUGAUCAAAUCAACUAUAAUAGAAUAUUCAAUGAGCUAGAGCUAUUAGAAGAUAAGCUGUAGCUGCUGAAUACGGAUAUUUUACAAAUGCAGGAUCAUAACACUAUGUAUAAUAAUGUGAACUAGAUCCAUGAAGUAGAUUCUGAGAGAGCAGAGACUACUUCAUAGCAUUUGCUAAUAGAUUAAUAUCGAGACUAGGAAGGAAUAGGAAGCAGUGGUGGCCAAAAUUUCAAGUAAAAUCCAAAUAUAACAAACAUUGAUGUCGUAGGAUAUGAAUUGAAGUUUAUUGGAGAUAGAAUAUUCAGCUACAAGCAACAAACUCAUGGAACGAAAAAGAAAUAUCUUUGCGAUAGUAGAAGAUUAGAAGAUCGCCUCUAAACUUUAGAAUAUCUUUCAACUAAAGCUGAAGAGGAAGGAACUGACAAUGAAGUCAUACAAUAAAUUUGCUAGAUAGAUAAAUUUAAAGAAAGAGUAGAUUCAAUCAAUAACUCAAUUGGAACUCAUGUCUCCUCUCUCAAUGACAAACUUAAAUAAGUGGAAGAUUCGUUUAACAAAACCAAAAACACUUUCAAAAAAGCCAAAGGAGUUUUUUCCAGUCCUUGA